GCUCGGUGGACCGGAGCGUGUGAUCCUUUAGGGACUGCGAGUCGGGUGCAAACCCUCUUCAGCUUCAAGGGAGAGAGCGUCCCACCCGAUCUUCUCGCCCUAGAGGCGAGAGAGAGAGAGGAGAGAGAUCUUCAGGAUUUAAAGGCAGGAGGCGGCGCCAGGUUCCCAGGAUCUGUCACAAGUUGGGGAGCCCCUGCCUUCCAUCGGGGCGACGGGGAUCCCAGUGGGGUGCCCGGGCUAAAAGCCCAGCGGCCGGGCACCAUGGCGUCCAUCCUGGAUGAGUACGAGGAUUCAUUGUCCCGCUCUGCCGCCUUGCAGCCCGGCUGCCCCACCGUGGGCAUCCCCCACUCGGGGUACGUGACUGCGCAGCUGGAGAAAGAAGCACCCAUCUUCACAAAGCAACGCAUCGACUUCACACCUCCUGAGCGGAUCACCAGCCUGGUGGUAUCCUGCAACCAGCUGUGCAUGAGCCUGGGCAAGGAGGCGCUGCGCCGCAUUGACCUGAGCAAGCCUAAUGAACUCAACCAAGUGGAUCUGGGGCGCAAGGAUGAUGCCCAAGUUCACAAAAUGUUCCUGGACCAUACUGGCUCUCACCUGCUCAUUGCAUUGAGCAGCACAGAGGUCCUGUACUUGAACCGCAAUGGACAGAAGGUACGGCCACUGGCGCGCUGGAAGGGGCAGCUAGUGGAGAGUGUGGGUUGGAACAAGGCCCUGGGCACUGAGAGCAGCACGGGUCCCAUCCUGGUGGGCACUGCCCAGGGCCAGAUCUUUGAAGCGGAACUCUCAGCCAGCGAGGGCGGACUCUUCGGCCCUGCUCCCGACCUCUACUUCCGUCCCCUAUACGUGCUCAAUGAAGAAGGGGGUCCAGCGCCUGUGUGCUCCCUUGAGGCUGAGCGGGGUCCUGAUGGGCGCGGCUUCGUCAUUGCCACCACUCGGCAACGCCUCUUCCAGUUCAUUGGGCGAACAGCUGAGGGGGCCGAGGCCCAGGGCUUCUCGGGACUCUUUGCGGCCUAUACUGACCACCCGCCCCCGUUCCGGGAGUUUCCCAGCAACCUGGGCUACAGUGAGUUGGCCUUCUAUACCCCCAAGCUGCGCUCUGCUCCCCGGGCCUUCGCCUGGAUGAUGGGGGACGGUGUGCUGUAUGGGGCGCUGGACUGUGGGCGGCCCGAUUCCCUACUGAGCGAGGAGCGAGUCUGGGAGUACCCUGAGGGAGUCGGACCCGGUGCCAGCCCACCCCUCGCCAUCGUGUUGACCCAGUUCCACUUCCUGCUGCUGCUGGCGGACCGUGUGGAGGCAGUAUGCACGCUGACAGGACAGGUGGUGCUUCGGGACCACUUCCUGGAGAAGUUUGGGCCGCUGAAACACAUGGUGAAGGACACAUCCACGGGCCAGCUGUGGGCCUACACCGAGCGUGCCGUCUUCCGCUACCACGUGCAGCGGGAAGCCCGCGACGUGUGGCGCACCUACCUGGACAUGAAUCGCUUUGACCUGGCCAAGGAGUACUGCCGUGAGCGGCCCGACUGCCUGGACACCGUCCUGGCCCGCGAGGCCGACUUCUGCUUCCGCCAGCAGCGCUAUCUGGAGAGCGCCCGCUGCUACGCGCUCACCCAGAGCUACUUUGAGGAGAUCGCCCUCAAGUUUCUGGAGGCCCGGCAGGAGGAGGCGCUGGCCGAGUUCCUGCAGCGCAAGCUGGCCAGCUUGAAGCCGGCUGAGCGCACACAGGCUACACUACUGACCACAUGGCUGACCGAGCUCUACCUGAGCCGGCUUGGGGCCCUGCAGGGCGACGCCGAGGCCCUGCCCCUCUACCGGGAGACCCGCGAGCGCUUCCGGGCCUUCCUCAGCAGCCCCCGCCACAAGGAGUGGCUAUUUGCCAGCCGGGCAUCCAUCCACGAGCUACUGGCCAGCCAUGGGGACACGGAGCAUAUGGUGUACUUUGCGGUGAUCAUGCAAGACUAUGAGCGCGUGGUGGCCUACCACUGCCAGCAUGAGGCCUACGAGGAGGCCCUGGCCGUGCUCGCCCGCCACCGGGACCCCCAGCUCUUCUAUAAAUUCUCACCCAUACUCAUCCGCCACAUCCCCCGUCAGCUGGUGGAUGCCUGGAUUGAGAUGGGUAGUCGCCUGGAUGCCCGGCAGCUCAUCCCUGCCUUGGUGAACUACAGCCAGGGUGGUGAGACCCAGCAGGUGAGCCAGGCCAUCCGCUACAUGGAAUUCUGCGUGAAUGUGCUUGGGGAGACCGAGCAGGCCAUUCACAACUACCUGCUGUCACUGUAUGCCCGUGGCCAGCCGGCCUCGCUGCUGGCCUACCUUGAGCAGGCUGGGAGCAGCCCUCACCGAGUGCACUACGACCUCAAGUAUGCACUGCGUCUCUGUGCUGAGCAUGGCCAUCACCGCGCCUGCGUGCACGUCUACAAGGUCCUGGAGCUGUAUGAGGAAGCCGUGGACCUGGCCCUACAGGUGGACGUGGACCUGGCCAAGCAGUGCGCGGACUUGCCUGAGGAUGAUGAGGAGCUGCGCAAGAAGCUGUGGCUGAAGAUUGCGCGGCAUGUGGUGCAGGAGGAGGAGGACGUGCAGACUGCCAUGGCCUGCCUGGCCAGCUGCCCCUUGCUCAAGAUUGAGGACGUACUGCCCUUCUUCCCAGACUUCGUCACUAUCGACCACUUCAAGGAGGCCAUUUGCAGCUCGCUGAACGCCUACAACCACCACAUCCAGGAGCUGCAGCGGGAGAUGGAGGAGGCCACAGCCAGUGCCCAGCGCAUCCGGCGCGACCUGCAGGAGCUGCGGGGCCGCUACGGCACUGUGGAGCCACAGGACAAGUGUGCCGCCUGCGACUUCCCCUUACUCAACCGCCCUUUCUAUCUCUUCCUGUGUGGCCACAUGUUCCAUGCAGACUGCCUGCUGCAGGCCGUGCGGCCUGGCCUGCCCGCCUACAAGCAGGCCCGGCUGGAGGAGCUACAGCGAAAGCUGGGGGCCUCACUGCCCCCUGCCAAGGGCCCUACCCGGGCCAAGGAGGCCGAGGCAGGAGCUGCCGCCGUGGGGCCCAGCCGCGAGCAGCUCAAGGCUGACCUUGAUGAGCUGGUGGCCGCUGAAUGCGUGUACUGUGGGGAGCUGAUGAUCCGCUCCAUCGACCGGCCCUUCAUCGACCCGCAGCGGUAUGAGGAAGAGCAGCUCAGCUGGCUCUAGGAGCCAUUGCCCAAGGAGCGGGACAGGCAGGAGGGAGCCAAGACUUGAAAGGCCCCUUCCCCAGCUCUGUGCUCACGAGCCUGGGCUCUGCAGGUUGGGGCAGUGGACUUAAGCCUGGACACUGCCUCAGGUGAAGAAGGCAGAUGUGUAACCUGGUCCCCACCCCUUGGUGUCUGACAGCCACGUGGCCUGUCUUUGCCUACCCACAUCCCGCUUCCCAUCCACAGUGCCCUCCUCCCUCCUUCAGCCCACGGCCUUGGCAGGAAACCCUCCCCUCCUGGUCCCGGAGGCGAGGGCAGCCACCUGGGGCCCAGAGGCCAGGCUCGUGUCCAGUCUGACCAGGGGAAGCACAGCAGAAGGUGGUAGCUAAGGGAAUGACAUUAAACUGUCUGCUCUCUGCUGGUGA